GUCACGGAGUCACAACCCGAUGCUUCUGGUCGAAUAAUGUGUGAUGCACUGCGAAAAGAAGGGAUAAAAGCAACACUGAUUUUGGACAGCGCUGUGGGCUAUCUUAUGGAACGCAUUGAUAUGGUUGUUGUGGGCGCCGAAGGCGUUAUGGAGACUGGUGGGAUUAUUAAUAAGAUUGGGACUCUCAACGUUGCCAUAUGUGCCAAAACAAUGAACAAAGCUGUUUUUGUGAUGGCUGAGAGCAUCAAAUUUGUCAAAGAGUACCCACUGAAUCAAGCGGACAUUCCUGAGGAGUUCAAGUACCGAACUUCGGUGUUAGAAAAGGGAGAUCUCUCUGUAGAACAUCCUAUGGUUGACUAUACACCUCCACAGGUUUGUUGCCUUUUCCGUACUUGGAAGUCUUUUCACUACAAGCUUUUGAGAUGUUUCCACUUUGCGAAAUAA